AUGUUAGAAGCAGAAGAAGAUGAACGAACGAUUCUGGAUUACCUUAACACUAAUGAGUGCUGCUGGCGCGCCGUGCUGCGAUAUGUGCCUGUUAAAGACCUCAUAAGGACAGAGCGCGCCAGCCGCCGGUGGCAGGAGGUAGUGCUGACGUACUUGAAAGGAGCACAAGUUCGUAUUACAAUUAAAGAAUAUAAUACUACUAAAGAGGAACCUAAAGUCUGUUGGUUGAGGCGUUCAUCAUUCAAGUCAUUUGAGAGUUGGACCAAAAAAAGAGAACUGGGCUCCUUGGUUGUGGCCACUUAUUGCGUUGGUGUGAAGAAUCUAGAAAUUAUCAAAGAAAACUGCCCGAACAUAGAAGCCCUCGAGCUACAGGACGUGCAAUGUCGAGCGCCAAAGCAACUGCGCCCACACAAUCUACGUGAUAACUUCAAGCGCCUGCAACAGCUCACGAUUAAAUCGUGUUCGAUAACAGACAGCUGUGUGAACCAAUUCCUCGCAGAUAAAGCCUUGGAAGGACUAACAUUAUCUUGGUGCGACGAAUUGACUGGUGCUUGCUUCAAACAUAUGGACUUGUCGAAUUUAAAGUCCCUUGAAAUUGAUAUGUGUUGCGGUUUCGAGUCCCAACACAUGCUUCCAGCCUUUGACCGCCUUAGCGAGCUGACGAAGUUAAACCUGUAUAAUAUUUCAAGCGAAUUUUUUGAUGAAAUUCAUGUUGGGUUGGAUAAGAUGCCGAAAUUGGAGAAGUUAGAUCUGAAUAAUGAUCAGACGAUAAGAGGGGGGGAGGAUGGUGAGCAACUGAGUCAGCUGACGCGGUUGAAGCACCUCAGGCUGGCGUACCAGUUGUUUGACGACGGCAUAGAUGCGAUCACGCGGUGCUGCACGGAGCUGGUGGUUUUGGACUUGUCAGAUUGUCGAUGUAAGUAUAAUGACAUUAUAUUGUACCUAAGAAGAUCAAUGUGGAGCCCCAGCGUGCGCUCGAUAUGCAAGAACGCGGGCGCGCGGCUCACGUCGCUGACGCUCGGGCGGUACUACUACUUGAAGGACGCCGACGUCGUGGCGCUCAUCCGCGGCUGUCCGCACCUCACGGUACUGUACUGUAGCCAUGAUACCGGGGCCGAUAUGGACGGACAGGCGCCUCACGUCGCUGACGCUCGGGCGGUACUACUACUUGAAGGACGCCGACGUCGUGGCGCUCAUCCGCGGCUGUCCGCACCUCACGGUACUGUACUGUAG